AUGUAUGGCCGCGGCACGGUCGCCGAAAUGGUAAUAUUGUUAACGGGGAGUAAAAUAACCACGGUGGAGUGGACCAAAAGGAGAAUUAUGCAUCAUCUCGGGAAUUUCUCAAUAAGAGCGCGUGGUGCAAGCGCGGGCGCCGCCCCGCGGCGCGCCACCGGCGCCUCCAACGAUUAUCCGCCCAUCUCGCUCUCGUGUAGCGCGGCGUCCCGCUCACUCGCGCGCGGGUGGCGGCCGAACGUCAUUACUCGCCGAGCGGCCGCUGCGAGAACAUCGCUUCGCCUU